ACAUGUGUGAAUACGAUGGUGGUAUAGCGGAGUGUUCUGAAUAUUCGAUUGUUAGGCUGACUCAGAUGGCGCCCAUUUCGCUCGAUCACGUGCUCUUGUUUGCAUCCAUGAAGGCCAAAACGCGCACCAACACAUGAAAACAGCGCUGACGUUUUUAUCUCGCGCUGACGUCAGGGUCGUGAGGAGGGACCUAGAAAAGAAGAGAGCGAGAGAGAAAGAAACAAUAACAACACAACUGGCACGCAUGGUGGAAUGUGCAGAAUAACUUUGUUCAGUGCUCUUUCAGAAACAUACGUUGGCGCGCGCGUGCCUACCACAAAAUCCUGAAUGUUUGAAGCACCGCAAAUAGAGAAAGAAGAACAUCAAUAGCAUCCAUAGAGUGCUGUAGUACAUGUGUUAAUAAAACCAAAACAACAACAGCAACUUCGAAGGCACGUUAUCUAAAAAUAAAGUAGUAUAUACGAGGAGUGUGUGCGUGUUGUUCUGCGCUCGGACUCGGGAGAGUUGACGUUGCAAUUUUCAUUAAAAUCCUGUACUUGUUUGUGUUUACAUCUAAGACGAGGGCUCCGAUUGGCGGCCACACGAAAUCGACGGUCGACGAUUGGUCGUCGCCGCCACUUUUAUUGAAUGUAUAUUCAUGUGACCUUUAGCUGAAAAACCUGGCGGCCGUGUGAUCCGAGGGGGCCCCUCUCCGACAGUAGUCACACUUUUUCCCGACAUCUCAGCGCGCGAAGACCUCCUUCGAUUGCGACAACCAUACGCACGGAUAAGAAACAAAGAGUGCGAUAGUUCCGGUUUCCGGGAUCGACAAGUGCACGAGACUAUCAGAUGUGAUUGUGCUUCUUGCUGCUACUGCCGUGUUGUUAGUUUGUUGUUUACUCUGCAUCCUUGUCUCUCCAUCGCGCAGCAAGCAUCUCUAUCGCUACUCCUUCUCUUCCACCUCAACCGCGUCGAGAGCGCGUUGUUGUUGUUGUUUGGCGAGCGUGAGUCACACGAUCCUCGCGAUAAACAAGCAUGGUGGCUUCGAUCCGUGCGCGUCUCCCAUCAUCAAAAUAAACAACACGUUCGAAAAAGAAGAUUCCUUUCGUGAAUCCCGAGGUGACAACCGCAAAACUGAACGUUAGCGGCACGAACAAGUGCUUCGCUCGACCGUAAACAAGAACAUUUUCGUAGUGGACAAAGUUCGUUCGCAUUAUCUAUUCCUCGCAACUCAACGGGAUAAAUAAAACGUAUACCAACCAACACACAUUCUCGCACACUAUUCAAAUAAAGAAAACAAGACGCAAUCUUUCGAUUACGAUGGCCGAUUAUUAUUUGGAUCCGGGAAUAAGCGUAAAACAGGAGCCGACCACAGAGAGCAGCAACAGUGUUGUUAAUAUAUCGGCGAGCGUUCCGAUCCCAGUGAAACGUCUGGAUAUGAACGAUUACAGGGAUUUGAGCUUCGAUUUGGAUAGUUCGCAGUCUCCCAACUUUCAGGACAUCUUCGGAACCGGCAAUGCUGGUACCUGCAUGAUGUGGAGCAAUAAAAUUACUGAUAUGGAUAUGAGUAAACCGGAGAUCGUUCAGAUGGACGAUGAGGACAUCUUCCAGGUGGAUAGAUCAGAUAUGAUCGAAGGACCGACGCUUGCUGAGCUGAACGCUAACGCCGAAACUCUGCUCGCCGAUCUGAAUUUCGAUGAUCUGUUGCUACCGGAAGAGACAUAUUUCAACGCACUAAACGACAGUCAGAUUAACCAAAGCAAAUUCAAUUCCUCAUCGCCCUUCGCACCAAUCAACAAUAACAACAACACGCAUUUCAACAACAACUCGAACCAAUUUGCCACCUCGUGUCCUCAGCCCAGUGGAUUGAAUUUCUACAAGGAUUACGAGAGCUACGAUAGCUUCAAUAAGAAUGCAGCAUUUUCCCCGGGCAGUUCAAAUUCGUCUAUUUUGUAUCAUACCGCUCCUUCUCCGGCGACUCCCCCGAAUUCGUUGCGACAGAAGCACACUACCCUCCAUGAACUUCUCAAGAAAGAGAAUUAUGUUUCUCCGGAUCGUUCCGUUCCCGGCCCAAGCAGUCCAGUGAUCAACCAUGGAAGCCCCAUGAAAAUACAGCGUGGUGCAAACUCUCGACUGUCCACCUCAGCCCCAACCCAUUUAGGGCUGGACCAGCUGUGGCAGAUGAGGGAACCCAGGAAGCACCUCCUUUCGACGGGUUCCUUGGUAGAAGCGGGAUCGACGUCUUCUCUUUCCACAGGAGGCGUCCUCAGCCCUGAAGCCCAAGAUUUCAGUUAUGAUGAGUUCGACAGUGACGAAGACAGCGAUCAUUAUGAAGACUUCUCUUCAGACAAUGGAGAUUCGGACGAUGACGAUGAGCAUGGCGGCACGACGAGAGGUUCAUCGGCCAGCAAGAAGGAACGAUUCUUCUGGCAGUACAACGUACAAGCCAAAGGACCCAAAGGACAACGGAUGCUCCUGAAGACCAAGACGGAAAAUCCUCACGUCCUCAACGAGAUCACCGAUCCCGUCUUCAGCCCUGAUUGCGCGGUGCGCGGUAUAAAGCACAGCGGGAAGGCGAGGAAAGGGGACGGCAACGAUCUCACGCCGAAUCCUAGGAAAUUGUAUAACAUUGGGAAGGAAUUGGAUAAACUUGGUAAGGUCAUCAACGACAUGACACCGGUCAGCGAGCUGCCGUUCAACGUGCGACCGAAGACCAGGAAGGAGAAGAACAAAUUGGCGUCGAGGGCUUGCAGACUCAAGAAGAAAGCUCAGCACGAAGCCAACAAGAUCAAAUUACAGGGACUCGAAACCGAACACAAAAAACUGAUGAGCGGAAUUAACCAGGCGAAACACGUGGUCGCCAUCAAACUGAAGCAAGUUCAAAAGGAGAAACAGGAGGAGUUGAAUGGCCAAAUGGAUAAAAUUUACAAAGGCGCAACCAAAACUAGGAUUGCUGGACAAACCACCGAGUAUGUGAACAAGAUGCUCGAAAAGGUCAAAAGCGGAGGGAUACAGAUAACGAUGGACGACUACAUGUAGUCCAUAUUUCCAAGAAGAAGUAAAAAUAAAAACCUCAACGGUGCGGCAAGAAUCUCCUCUACAAAGAAUUUCGUACUUCAGAUAAGUUAAGAGUGGAAGGGAGAAGAAAGGAAACAAACAAA